AUGUCGAGUCUUGCCAGUGAUGCGUCCACAGCUGCUCCGACGCAGAGCGCUCCACCUCCGCCUCCGCCAGAUCAGGCACAGCUGAUGGCAAUAUUCGCGGCGCGAGCCAGGCGCGAUCACGACGCUAUGAGGCUUUACGCAGGUGUUCUAGCAGGUCUUAUGGGACUCUUUAUCAUAUUCCAUUUCUUCAGUCUCCUGCGGCGGCCUUUAAAACUUGGGCCUUUUGCUAGUCUCCGAAGGCUCGUGUCAGUAAAGGUCCCUGGUGUACCGUCUCUUGGCCACGGCACUCUUUUACUAGCUUACCUCGGACUCAACGUCGGCUUCAUCUUCGUCUACACUGAUACCAGCUUCUUGCCACUGUUGGCUGUCGCAAAUAUCGUCCUUACCGUAUUUUUCAGUCUCAAAAACACACCCCUCGGCUACCUAACCGGAGUGUCCUACGAACGACUAAACAUCCUCCACCGCAUCUCAGGGUUGACCACGUUUCUCCUCGUCGUCGUGCACGCCGCUUCAUACUCCUCCGUCUUUAUAGAUCAGCAAAACGCAGCCCGACUGCGGGUUCGCGAAGAGAUUUUUGGCAUCGUAGCGGGCUUCAGUCUUUUGACAGUCGUCAUGGCUGCCCUGACCCUGCAGCGUCGCCGCUACGAGCUCUUCUACGUCCUACACGUCGUCUUUUUUGUGGUUUCGCUGGUUUUCAUCUCUCUCCAUCAUCCCACCGCAGCGGAGAGGGUCAUUAUUGCGAUGGGCCUCGCGGCGGGAAUGUGGUUCCUCGAUCGUCUCGUGCGUGCAUCCCGGUUGGUCUACCACGGCAUCAACAAUACCGCCACGCUGCAGCCGCUUCCUAACGGCGGCACGAGGGUCAUCCUGAACAAGAAGCUCCUCGGCGCCAAUCCUGGCGAACAUGCAUUCUUGUGGAUUCCGGGAAUUCGUCGCUUUGAGACGCACCCUUUUACCAUCGCGAGGACAGAACCGCUCGAGUUUGUUGUUGCCUCCCAGGAUGGCUUCACUCGCGACCUACACCAGUAUGCUUCGAAGAACCCCGGCGCCAUCCUGAGAGCGUCGGUCGAGGGGCCUUACGGACAGAUACCAGACCCCGCGCGAUACGAUAGGGUGGUGAUAUUUGCGGGUGGCAGCGGCGGCAGCUUCGCAUUCGGCAGUGCUCUUCGACUUUUGCAGGCCUCCGAGGACUCUGAUAAGAGGGAUGUUACCUUGGUAUGGUCCAUGAGGAACUCAGCCCUUCUUGAGUGGUUUUCAGCUCAUUUGCGCGACGUUGGUCACUCCUCGGGUUUCAAGACUUUGAUCCACAUUACUGGCCAGAAAGAGAUUGAGAAACCGUCCAACCGAUCAGGCCUGGGAACAGCAGAUGGCUCAGAAGGGGCCCUGGUUUUGGAAGAUUCUCUAGGCGAUGAGUCGGCCAUUGAACUAUCGAGCCUGACUGAGGACCAGCCAAGUUACAUCCACGGUGCUUCGGUUCACUACCAACGGCCCAAUGUCAAUGAUUUCGUUGCCCAGGCCCUGGAGGGGAUGGCCCCCGGUCAGCGAGUCUUGGUCAUGGCAUGCGGGCCAGCGGCGCUGUUGAAGGAAGUCAGGAGCGUGACGACAUCACGGAUGGUUUCUGGGGGCCCUCACGUGUCUCUACAUUGCGAGCAAUUUGGAUGGUGA